AGCAGUUAUUCAGGACAGACUCCAAGUAAGUCGGUCAAACGUAGAAGUGAAAAACCUCGUGAAGACAGAGUACAGUCAGAUACACGGAGAUACAUUCAGGUCUCUGCAGCUUAAGCACCGUAAUAUUUAAAGAGGAAUGUAAAAACAAGACGGACUGAAAGAGAAGGACAAAGACAAGAAACACGAUGUUGUCCAAAAAGGAAGAGAAGAAAUCCUUCAGCAACGGACCUUUGAGAGACCAGUGGGAGAAGAGAGCCCAGAGCAUGGCAGACCAGUGCAAACAGGAGGCUGAAUGGAAGCAGAAAAGCUCCCUGAAAGUUCUUUUCUCCAAGUGGACUUAUCACUGGUCUAAUGGAGACCAGAUGAAGGAUGAGAUUUCUGACUUCAGGAGGGUUACAAGCCAAACAGAUGAAGAAGAUAAAAAGCCUAAAAUCAAAUUCAAAAUUGUUCCUCCACCUCCAAAACUCAAGGCUGAGCCUUCUCCUCUCCCGCCACCACCCCCCAGGAGGUCUUCCUCCACCAAACCUCACAGGCAAAAACGCAAAGUGGAAGUAGAUGUGUUUCAGUUGUGCUGGAGGGAGUCCUGGAUGAGCCUGAAGCCUCCAAAGUACCUUUACCUAAAGGCCAAAGAGGCUAAAGAAAGGAGGACAUGGCUGAUGACCAUAGAGUGUCCCAAAAGCAGGAAAUAUACAGCAAAGAUGUGCGGAUGGGACACUGAAUGGAAGGGCCUGAUUAAUAAAUGGAGUCAUUCCUGGACGCAGGUGAAAAGUCCUGCUCAGUCAGAGCACUCAGAGGAUAGGGACUUUCAGUGGGACGCUCUGUUUGAAAAAGAGUUGGUUAGUAAGGUGGAAGUCGGAGAAUAUUCUCUUCCUGUCUGGGCUGGAACUUGGAAAAUCAUGAACUUUCCCUUCAGGCAGCAGAAGAAGAACUGGGACUGUGGUUGGGAAAACUACCAACAGGAUUCGAGCGACAAAUUGGAUAAAUUUGACCUUAUACAACUACAGAUGGAUCAGGACGAGCCUGAAGGCUGGGUGGAUUCAUGGAAACUAUCCAGAGCACAGUUUGCUUUAGAAGAUAUAACAGACGAGAUUUCAAGUUCUUCCAUUUCUGACGCCACAUUCAGAAUAAGCAUAAACGACUGGUUGAUGCCAGGAUGGAGCAAAUCCUAUCUGCUCGCUGCAGCUCCUCCUGAGGAAUACGAAGAACGCCAGAAAAGCUGGAGCUCCUGUUGGGGAUACCAGCAGCAGAUCAGAUGGAGUGAAGCUUCCAUCUUCUCCCAUCACCAACACAGCAACCAGCUGACCAGGAGACGGAAAACCAUAAACCUCAUCCACACAUCCGGCCUGGAAGAGGAAACCACUGAUUGCAGCGAGUGGACGGAGGCCUGGAAGGCUCUAAAAAGACAGACUAAACUGGAUGUCGAUGAUGAGCUAGAGGCAGAUGAAACAAUGGAUGAAACAGAGGAUGAGGAGGGGGAUGAAGCCGUGGACAAUCAGGAUGAAGAAGAGGAUGAAGGAAUGGUGGAGGAGGAGGAGGAGGAAGAAGAGGAAGAGGAGGAGGAGGAGGAGGAGGAGGAAGAGGAAGAGGAGGAGGAGGAGGAGGAGGAGGAGGAGGAGCAGGAGGAGGAGGAAGAGGAGGAGGAGGAAGUUUUCAGUCAGAAUAAAGAGGACAAGGAGGAAAGGAGCAUAAAAAUAUACCAAGACUUUAACAAAAUAAUGGAGCAGGAAAAAGAGGAUGAUGAGGAUGAAGGGGUGGAUGAGGAAGAGGAAGAAAACCAUAAUCAGAAAGCAAAAGACAAAAAGGAAACAGACAGAGGAGAAGUGGAGGAAGAGGAGAGCGAAGAAAAUGAUGGGAAGGAGACACAUGAAGGUGUCCGAGGAAUGAAGGAGAGGGAUGAGCAAGUAGCUGAAGAGGAGGAAGAUGAAGAUGAAGAAAAAUGUGACAAUGUGGAAGAUGAAGAGGAGGAGCUGGAAUACAAAUCCACCGAGAAGACGGCAGAUGAAAAGGUCAACGAGAUGGAUGAGGAGGAAAUUUAUGAGGAAGAGGAGGAAAAUGCCAAAACAAGAGAAACAGACAGUCCAGAUCAUGUACCUGACCAGGUGAAAGAGGAUGCUGAAGAGGAGGAGGAGGAAGAGGAGGAGGAAAAGGGAUACAAUCAAGCUGACAAUGAGGAAGAAAGACAGGAAAAUGACACAGCAUUAAAUGACAAGAUGGUGGAAAGGAAUACCACAAAAGGAGGAAAAGAAAAGGAAGACCAAACCGAUGAUGAAGAAGUUGAGGAGUUUCAGGAUUUUGAUGACGAGAGCGGUGAAAUUAAAGGAGAUGAAGAGAAGCAGAUAAAUCAGUCAGACAAAGAGGAAAAACAUGAGGAUGAGGAAGGAGAGGAAACGGAUGAGUAUGAAGAUGCAGAUGUGAAGGGUGAAGGACGAGAGAAGGUAAAAGCAAAAGAACAGAAUGAAGACUUAAACCUGGAAGAGGAUGAGGAAGAGGGGGAGGCAGAAGAGGAUGACAAAAAAAUACAAAAAGAGGAAGAAGAGGAGGUUAAAGAUGGAAAAAAGAAUAAGACAGAUGGCAAAAAGGAAGACGCGGAUGAUAACAGCCCGGAUUUAGAAGAUGAAGAACAGGAGAAACAGGAAGAUGAUGAAAAAGAAGAGCAGGAAGGAGAGGAAGAGGAGGAGGAUAAAGACGGAAAACAAAAGAACGACAAACACAGCGAAGAGGAGGAUAAGGAAGUUUACAGUCCAGAUCUAGAAAACGAUGAAGAACUAGAGAAUGAGGAAAACGAUGAAGAAGAGCAGGAACUUAAUGGGGAAGUGAAGCCUGCUGAAAAUGACGAUGAAGAGGAGGAGGAUGAGACAAAGGAAAACAAAGAUCAGAAGGAUGAAGAUGCAAACAUUCACAGUAAGAAGAUGGAAACCAAACACUGGCCCAGCAGCUCAGAAGAUGAGGAUGACAAAGAGGAGGAGGAAGAAGGAGAAGAAAUAGAUGAACAUGAAAGCUAUGAAGAAGAGGAGGGUGAAGAAGUAGACGAGGAGAAUGACAACGAAGAUGGUGAAGAGGAGGACAGUAGUGUGGAGGUGAAAGAAAUCAAUGAAGACAAAGAUGAAGCUAAUGAGGUAGAUGGGGAUACUGAUGAAGAGAAUGGAAAAGCUGAGAAACAAACUGAGGAAGAGGAGAUUUAUGGAGAUGAAGUUGAAGAGAAUGAGAGAGAAGACCAAAACCAGAUGAAGAAGAAGCGGAAACAAGUAAAAAACAAACCCGACGCUCCGCUUCACCUGCAGUUCCACAAACUGAACGCAUCCUUUCCCUCCUGGAAGUGGUCAUGGAUGGUCGCAGUUGCUUACAGAGGAGGAGCCGAAGGAGCUGAGGAGGCAGACGAGGAGGAAGAGGAGGGAGCGGAGUGGCAGGCUUGGAAGGAAUCCUGGAGAAUCUGUCGCUGGAGGAAGCUGGAUGAGGACGAGGUGAUGUGUUUCUCCUCGGAGCACCGAAGCCGUCAGGACGUGGGACUGAUGCAGGAAGCUGACAGAAUGCCGAACAGGGAAUGGGCCCUGAGCUGGAAAAUGAACACAGUUAAAGGGGAAGAUGAAGAGGAUGAAGAAGAUGAAGAGGAGGAAAGCUGAAACUUUAUCAAAUAUUAUUAACUGAGACAUUUUCAUGAAUGUUGAGGAAGCUGAGGGAGCAUCAGCAGCAUUCAAAUCCUUUAGGUCUGUUUUUUUUUACCAUAUGUGAAUGUAAAAUCACAUAAUAGAACCAGAACUUUCCCAGAACUUACAAGAUACUUUCCAAGAACCUACAGGGUACCUCUUUAAAAUGUAGAGGGUGGCUACUUUUCCAAAACUUACAGGGUACUGAUCCAACUAGCUGUAGGGUAUUUUUCUAAGGCUUACAAGAAUAUUUCCCAAUAGCUCAUGGGGUACUUUCCCUGAAUUUACAGACUACAUUCUCAGACCUUACAGGGUACGGUUCCGGUUCCUAAAGGGUACUUUUCUUCAACUUACAAAGCGCUUUUUAAGAAUUUACUAGAUACUUUCCCAAACCUCACAGGAUGCUGUUCUAACUACCGGCAGGGUGUUUUUUUUCGAGCUUACAUAAUUAUUUUAUAAAAACAUACUUUUCUUGGACUUUUUAGGCUACUUUCAUCAAAUUAAAGGUUGGGGGGUACUAUUCCAAAUCCUAUAGGAUAACUUUCUUAAACUUAAAAGAUACUUUCUAAGAGUUUACCAGGUACUUUUCAAAACCUUACAGGGUAUUGUCCUAGGUAACUGUCACAGUACUUUCUGGAACUCACAGGGUACUUACAGAGGAAUGGAGAUGGAGACAGGGGGUGAAUAUCCUGUAAGUUCUGGAAAAGUAACCAUCCUUUCAUCCUUUCUCUAUACCCGCUUCUUCUGUACAGAGUCAUGAGGAAGCUGUACAGCAGUCCAUGGGCGAGAGGUGGGGGUACACCCUGGACAGGCUGGAAAAGUAACCAAUUUCAGAAAAAAAAACCUAAUAAACAAACAAAAACCAAUGGUCCCCUGUAAAUUGCCGGAUGUUACCAUGUAUGAUUCAAUAAAACAACCUGUAAUUCCAGGAAAGUAGUCUGUGAGUUCUUGGAAGAUAAACUUUAAAUGCAAGGAAGAGUUUCUGUGAGUUUCAGGACAGUAACCUCAACAUUUCAGGAAAUUAUGCUGUCAAUUCUGGUAUGGUAACCUGACAAACAUUUCCUCAGUUGCAAUAAAGUAACCUGUAACUUCCAGGAAAGUAAUCUGUAAGUACCGGGAAAGUACAUCUCAGGAAAGUGCACUGAGAGAUCUUGGAAAGUACCCUGUAACUUCUGGGAAGACUUCCUGUGAGUUCCAUGAAAUGAACCCUUACGUUUCAGGUUAACUGCAGUUUUUUCAGAAAAAUUACCCUGAGAUCUGAGAAAAUAAUCUAUAUGUUAGGGGAAAGUAACCCGCAAGUUCCUAUAACUUCCAGGCAAAAAUAUUCCUUACGUUUGGAGAACGUUACCUAUAAGUUCCAAGAAAGUUUCUUGUGAGUUCCAGAAAGGAAACUUUUGAAUUUCAGGAAAUAAUCCUGUGAGUCCUGUGAAAGUAACCUGUACUCUUUGGUACUGUGACCUGUAAAUUCCUAGAAACUAUAGGCAAAUUAUUGUCUGUUUAUAGUUUUACAAAAAUGUACAUUUUACAUCCAAACAUUUAAUAAAUUUUAGAUAAUAAAACAUAUCUUGUCUCAUUUUACUCAUCCUAAUGUAAUGUUCUAAAAGAAAGAAAUACAAAACACCAAAAAUAAAUUCCUUCUGGUGGCUGUUCUCGAUAUGUCAGUUCCUUUCAAAUUCAAUGAUUUCCUUCCUCAUCAUCUGUUUGCAUGUUGACCAAAGUACAUCCAAACUGCUCCCUUCCUUCAGGGUGAGUAGCUGUUUUCUGGAGGUCAGUGUAUUUGGUAAAUCAUUGCAUCUGGAUGCUGAAUAACUGGGUAUAUACUGGUUCUUGUAAACUGCCUUCAGAUCACAUUUGUUGGCCCUAUAAAAAUAAACAGAUUAAAAGACUGACAGGAAAUAGCAAAAGAGAAUGAGGGAAGAGUUAAACCUCUGUAGAAUAUCUCCCUCUGGUGGUGAGACUGUGUUAUUGCGUCCCAUUGUAUUUUACAACAGCUUUCCAAGUUUCUGUCUUUAGGCUUCCAGAUUGAUUCUGCUUCCAACCUUACUGCCUAUAAACAAACUUUUUCAAACCCCUGUUGUUAAAACUUUGUGCAAGCUUUAUGUUUUACUCUCAAAUAUAAUUUAAUUCAAUGGUGUAUUAUCAUCCAAAACCUUUUAUUACAAUUGAUUCCUCUUUUCUGUUGAUUCAAUUAUCACCUCUGCUCAAACUAAAACAUCUCUAAGUGAACUCUUGCUGGUAGACAAAACGUAUUCAUAUGAUAUAAUCAUGUCUCCCUAUUCUAAAAUAAAAUAAAAAUACUUUAAAUCAA